AUCCUGCAUGGACCUUUCCUACCCAGCCAGGAUAUCCUGUGUUUGUCAAAAGGACUGCACAGGGAGGCCCUGGCCAUUGUCUGGCCCGAAAUCCACCCGUCAGCCCCUCCCUAGCCUUGCAGCAGCCGCCCGCCGUGGGGGCAGAGGAAGAGUAACUCCGGUGUUAUCAGCACCCUCCGUGGACUUCCUCACCUCCUCCCCAGCCUCGUUAGCCCCAAGCUCUUUAGCAACCUCAAAGAGAAACCUGGGAAGCCAGGAUGGGGUCCGAGCCCUAAAGCCAGCCCCCGAGCCUUUUGCCAAGACCUGCUUCUGCGCAGCCCUAAGUGGGCAGCCCAGGGCUGCAGCUGGAAUCCCGAGCCCAGGAUGGAGCCCCGGCUGGGGCUUGAGGCGGCCGCCCUCCACCUGGGCUGGCCAGCCCUGCUGCUGUGGGUCUCAGGCCUGAGCUGUUCUGUCUCCUCCACGCCGGCUUCACCCUCUCCCUCUCUGGUGCCCCGGGUCCGAACCAGCUACGGUUUUGGAAGGACUCUCCUCGGUCUUGAUAAAUGCAAUGCCUGCAUCGGAACAUCUAUUUGCAAGAAGUUCUUUAAAGAAGAAAUAAGGUUUGACAACUGGCCGGCCUCACACCUCCGACUGCCUCCUGGGGAUGACGUGCUGUCUUACCCUGCCAAUUACUCCGAUGAUGCCAAAACCUGGCGCCCAGUGGAGAUCUCGAGGCUGGUCAGCAAAAACCAAAGCGAGAUCUCAGACAGGAGAAUCUGUGCCUCCGCGGCUGCCCCAAAGACCUGCAGCAUUGAGCGUGUCCUGCGGAAAACAGGGAGGUUCCAGAAAUGGCUGCAGGCCAAGCGUCUCACACCAGAGCUGGUGCAGGGCCUGCCCAGCCCUCUCUUGCGCUGCCCAUCACAGCGACUCCUGGACCGCGUGGUCCGGCGCUACGCGGAGGUGGCUGACGCCGGCAGCAUCUUCAUGGACCACUUCACCGACCGCGACAAGCUGCGUCUCCUCUACACGCUGGCUGUCAACGCACAUCCCAUCCUCCUACAGAUCUUCCCGGGCGCCGAGGGCUGGCCGCUGCCCAAGUACCUGGGCUCCUGUGGCCGAUUUCUGGUGAGCACCAGCACCAGCCCGCUCCAGGAGUUCUAUGGUGCACCCCCUGACCAGGCGGCCGACCUAGCCUACCAGCUCCUGGGCGUCCUGGAGUCUCUAAGGAGCAACGAUCUGAACUACUUCUUCUACUUCACCCACGUGGACGCCAGCAUGUUUGGCAUCUUCAACAACGGGCAUCUGUUCAUCCGAGAUGCCAGCACGCUGGGCGUCAUCGACAGGCAGGAAGGCAGCCAAGAAGCCGCCCGGACAGGAGAGAGUAAAGACAUCUUUAGCUGCCUGGUCUCUGGCUGCCAGGCUGAGCUGCCCUCCUGCGACGCCAUCCCCGAGAAGCAGAGCCUGGUGCUGGUGUGCGGGCAGGUGCUGCCCGCCCUUCUCCGGGCCAAGUUCCCGUCCCCGGUGCAGGAGGAGAUAGACGCCGCGCUCGCUCAUUGUGGGGAGGGGGCCCGGCCAGACCCCGAGGUCCUGGGGGCCGCCAGCCGGCUGAAGGACAUCUUGAGGCCCCUGAGAACCUGCGACCCCAGAUUUGCCUACCGCUACCCGGACUGCAAGUAUAAUGAGAAGUUCUGAGGCGUCUUGCUGGCCUCGGGGGGACCACAUCCUUGGCCUCCCAUUGCAGCGCCCUUUUAGACGUGGGGAGAAGGGCCCGUUCCUUUCCCAGGGAUGGAGGAACACCCCAUCGAUAGGGUGGCGUGACCCCCAUCCCACCCCCAGCCCUGGCUGGGCCGUCACGGAAGAGCUCACGGUGGGGCAUCGGCGGACUGGGGUGUGGCCCCUCGGCCUUGUUGAGCCUCUGUUUUCUCUCUUCAGCACCAGACUCUUGAGUUAAUGAAACAAGACAGAGAUGUGAACGGUCAGGAAUCCAUUCUGACUCCUCCCAGCCCAGGUAGUUACAGAGAAUGUUCCAGAAGCAUGCCCAGGCAGGGCCAAUGAGACAGAGCCUGGGGAAUUCAGAAGGCUGGCAUGGAGGAAAGACUGCAGGAAGGUGAGGCCCCUGGCCAGUAGCAUGUUAGCCUUGGACAAGGGGAGCGCCCCUUCCUACUCCUGCGCCCUUGCCCUGCCCCGCUCCCCACACACGCCAUGGGGUGAGGAGACUACAGAUCAAGGGAACACACGGACAGAAGGUACCUCUGUUCCAGGGGUGCCCAGAGACAUUUCAUGGUGUGGGAAGGAGUCAGGAGUAAAAAGGGAAGAUGGGAGGACGGGGCGGGGCUGAGAGGCAGGUGUCAGGACAGGAUUAAAUGGGCAAGGAUUGUAUGAAGGAGGAUGCUUGCGUGGAAGGGAGGGAGAAAGGAGCCAGGGCCGCCUGGAAGCUCCAUACGAGCCUGCCUGACCCCCCGAGUGAGGAUGAGGAGGUCAGGUGCGAGCAUCCUAGACUGCCGUCCAGGCAACCCAAGUCCAUCAGCGUGUCCUUGAGGCAAAGCCAGCCAGCAGAGGAACCAAGAAUACAUGGCCCCUGUAUUCCUGCCUCAGGGACCAGCCAGGGGGGAAGCGUGGCCUCAGCCCCACCAGCCACAAAGCCAGAUUUCAAAGCACCCUGCGGGGCAUUUAGCCAGCUCUGCUCCCUGGAGCAGGAGGUCUGUGAGUAGAACAUUCUCGCUAUAGCCACAGCUGGGGACCAGGGCCAGCUCUCUCCACACGGCCUCCAGGGCAGGACUCUAAGGAGUCUGAGAAUUUUCAUUCAAUCUUGGCCUUAGAGGUCAUUCUAAAAAUUUUUUUUUUCAAGGUCAGCCAACAGAAUAUAUUUUAUUCAGCAGUGUGUUUGUUUGGGACUUUCCAAAUAGUGAGCCAUGUGGUAAGUGGGUCUCCAUGUAAACUCCCGUCUGGGCCCCUCAAACAUGAAGUGGGGGCUCCUUGGACCUUCACCCAGCCUCCCUGCCAGCUCUACCCGCCCAGGGCCCUCUCAGUUGGCCCCCUCUUUUCUACCUCUGAAUCACCACCUAUAAGGUCAGAAUGCCUGGCUUAACAGGCUUCAUGCUGCUGACAGGGGAAACUGAGGCCCAGGGAGGAAAAGCGGUUUGCUGGGAUAGUUCUAGAACUCCUGCUACCAGUCCAGGCUCCUCUUGCCUUCCCCUUCAGCCUCCAUCCUGCCCGGUUCUGGUCUCUUCACUCACAUUUAAAGAUGAGCCAAGAAAAGUCAUAUUUUGUGGUACACUACGUUGCUGUUGGGGCUUCCCUUUUGACCUCUCCAGGCACUACUUCCGGGGCAACCAUGACAGUGAGGUUGCCAGGCCAAGCUUCUGGAAGGGCAUGCUUGGGCUGCCUGAGAGUCUUUGAAGCUGUUGCCUCCUGGCUUGGUCUGGAGGGUGAGGACUGACCACCCUUCCCAACCAGUUGUUUUUGUCCAGUGAAACUGAUCUUAGACCUUCUGCCUCCUCUGUCUCUGAGCGGAUACAUUUCUAUUGUUUUAAGACCCUCACUUCCGAGUCAUUUGUUACAGCAGCCACAGGAAACAAACACAUACUCUGAACUCUCAGUGUCUGCUUCCAGAGAACCCAACUUGAAAUACUCCUCAACUCCAGUCUCUUGUGAUGGAUUCAAAAGCCAGACCCACCAGGAAGGAGUGUGUUAUGUACCCAGACCCGGGAAUGAGGCUUGCACGGUUGUGUUCCUCCACUUGCUAAGUCCCAGGCCUCAUUUAAGACCCAAGCACUCCCUUGACAGGAAGCUUUUCCCAACAGCCCAGCCCCACAGCGAGCUCUCUCCAAAUCCCACCUCUGUACCCCUGAACCCCAGGUCUGCACCCAUUUGAGGCUUAUCCCAAGGAUAUUCCAGAGAGAUCUGUGCCCCUCCUUCCCAGCCAGCUGGGAGCUCCCUGAGGAUGGCAGUGGCACAGGGCCACUUUGUGUUCCCCAUGGCAGCCAGCACAGGGCUGGGCACAGGGUAGGUGCUCGGAAAAUGAUCGGGCUGAGAACGUGUUCUUCAACCUUUUUUUUUUUUCUUCCUUGUCGUUUCUAAG